AGACCUGCAAAAAUGAUAACCCAUGAUACCAAAAAUGUCCUUGUGGUUUCUUUUGGAUUUUUGCUCUUAUUUACGGCAUAUGGAGGGCUACAAAGUUUACAGAGCAGUCUGAAUGCAGAGGAUGGAAUGGGCGUUAUAUCAAUUAGUGUGAUCUAUGGAGCCAUUAUACUGUCCUCGAUGUUUCUGCCUCCCAUAAUGAUCAAAAAUCUGGGCUGCAAAUGGACCAUCGUUAUUUCCAUGGGAUGUUAUGUGGCAUAUUCCUUUGGAAACCUAUCGCCAGGCUGGGCAAGCCUGAUGUCCACCUCGGCCAUUCUGGGUUUUGGAGGUUCACCACUUUGGUCAGCAAAAUGCACUUAUCUUACAAUAAGUGCCAACAAGCAAGGCCAGAAACUCAACAAGAAAAGCCAGGACAUCAUAAACCAGUACUUUGGUGUCUUCUUCUUCAUUUUCCAGACUUCGACAGUGUGGGGCAACCUCAUGUCAUCUCUGAUAUUUGGACAGGACUCUAACAUAGCUGAAAUCCCAGAGGAGAACUUGCAGUACUGUGGAGCGGGGUUAUGCAUUGAGAAUUUUACCACCACUGGAAACACAACCCGUCCAGAAAAACGCCUAGUGGAUAUACUAUUAGGCUGCUACAUUGGUGUGGGGCUUCUGGCCAUAAUAUUUGUUGCUCUGUUUCUGGACAACAUAGACCGAGAUCUGGCCAGAGAAUUUCGGAAAAACAAGGGCAAUGUAUCCUUUUGUAGCACCAUCCUGUCCACCUUUAAACUCAUGAGAAACCCCAAAUUGUUGCUGCUCAUUCCAUUGACCAUAUACAGUGGGUUUGAACAAAGCUUUCUUGAUGGCGAAUAUACAAAGAACUAUGUGACAUGUGCGUUAGGAAUACAUUAUGUUGGCUUUGUCAUGAUCUGCUUCGGUGCUGUAAACUCCUUGUGCUCAUUUGCUUUUGGGAGACUGGCAGCAUACACUGGAAGAAUUCCCCUCUUUUGCUUGGCUGCACUGAUAAAUCUGGGCUGUAUUUUGGGUCUGCUGUACUGGAAGCCUCAUCCAGACCAGCUGCCUGUAUUUUUUGUGUUUUCUGCCCUGUGGGGCAUGGCAGAUGCUGUGUGGCAAAUACAAACCAAUGCACUGUAUGGUAUUCUCUUUGCUGAUCACAAAGAAGCUGCAUUUGCCAACUACCGCAUGUGGGAGUCACUUGGUUUUGUAAUAGCCUUCGCUUACAGCACAUACAUCUGCUUGUCUACCAAGAUUUACAUUAUUUUAACUCUUCUGGCCGUAACCAUGGUAACUUACCUAUUUGUCGAGUACAAAGAGUACAAGCAACCAACUGAACAAAUGAUUUACGUGUUUAAUUCAGAGAAGACUGACCUCAAAGAUGAAAAAUAUGUUAAAAUACGUGAAAAUUUGAAUGAAAAAUAUGUUGUUAGCCAGACACAUUUUUAA